UUGCUUGCUGAAAAUCCUCAAGUCUUGCAGAGCAAGCGUGGCUUUAAGAGAGAAAUGAUAACUGAAAAUCUAAAGCUUCCUCCUUUUUUCUGACAUGGGUCUCCUUCUUCUUCUUCUUCUUGUUCCUUCUCACCCUUAGAUUUCAGAACUGUAACGGUUCCUUUUUUGUGUGUAUGUUCUUGCUUUAAUUGAGCUCAUCGGAUCCAGCAAGUACCCAAUUCACCAUUACUUCAGAGUCAAAUGGGCACAAUUAGAAGGUGAUGGCGGGAGCAGAAGCAAGGGCCGUGUGGCAGAGAACAGCUAAUCGUUGCUUUGUCCAAGAAGAUGCAAAAAGAGCUCCCAAAUUAGCUUAUUGUCAAUCCUCAUCUUCAACAACCAAGCAGGUGGGUGCUGGGCCUGCAACUGCAACAGAAGGAUUAGAUCAUCCUGGUGUUGGCUUCAUGCCUAUUAAUAGGAAUCGUUCAUAUUCCAAUCUACCCCCGGACACAAGAUGGUGGCUGCAAAUGCAACCUAACUAUGGCUACCAAAAAGAUUUAACCUAUGAACAGUUAAAUGAGUUGGAGGCUGACAUGGAAACACUGAGAGCUGGGUUUGUAGAACAAACAUCCAAAAACAGUGAGUUCGACCAACAUAAAGGAAAAUUUACUGAUAUGAAGACAGGUUAUGAAGUCCAAAAGAAAGAUGUGGACGCUGAAUAUGGUGAGAACAUACAGGAACUUCAGUACAAGGACAUGAGGGAAACAUAUGAAAAAAUGGGGAUGGAUACCAUUGAUUGCCCAGUUUCAGAACAGUCCAAGGAGUUGUCUUGUGAACCAGAAUAUCCCUGGAUGGGAGGUGGGAGGACUGAACCUUGGUGGCGGACAACUGAUAGAGAUGAACUGGCCUCCUUGGUUGCACAAAAGUCACUUAACCAUAUUGAGAACUGUGAUCUUCCCCCACCUCAGAAACUGUAUCAUAAGAGACAUCCAUAUGCUGCUCAUAUUGGGUUUUCUGACCGCGAUGGAAUAUUGGGGACAUCUUUAGACAGGAAGGCUCAAGCCAGUGGUUUUUCCAGUAUGACUACUCAUCCACAGGGAUAUGCUGAUACUGGGAUAACACAUGGAAAAAAUGGAGAUGCAGCUGAUGAAGAGCACUCUGACACAUCAAUCAGGGAUCUCUUAGAUCUGCAACAACUUACUGAGGGUGACCCUACCAAAGCUCAGCUAAUUGAAGCACUGUGCCAUUCUCAAACACGUGCAAGGGAAGCUGAGAAGGCAGCAAAGCAAGCUUGUGCUGAGAAGGAGCAUAUUUUUAAGCUCUUCUUUAAACAAGCUUCUCAGCUCUUUGCCUAUAAGCAGUGGUUCCAAUUGCUGCAGCUGGAAACCCUUUAUGUCCAGAUUAAGAACAAGGACCAGGCAGGCUCCACUGUUCUCCCGGUGGUCCUUCCUUGGAUGUCAAGCAGACGUCGAAAAUCACACAAGAGCUGGCGUAAGGUUCCCAAAGGUAAACGAAGCAGGCGGGUCAACCCCGGAUAUGACAUUUCCAAGUAUGCCGUUGCACUUGCACUGGGGUUCGGUCUCGUUGGUGCUGGCGUGCUCCUGGGAUGGACUGUGGGUUGGAUGUUACCUUCUUUCUAGGCUUUUUAAGUAGUUCUGACCAUUUUAUGCUCUUGUAUUGAUUGGUUUAAAAUGGAAUGUGUUGGUAAAUCUCUUCCUCUGUGUAUUCCAGUAGAUUUCUCUCAGUUUUUUUUUUUUUUUCUGUUUAAAUUUCGAGGUACUUGUGCUUCUGCAAAUGAUGUGAUUAGAUUGUGUAAAUUCUGAUUGGGGUUCAA